AUGUUGUAUACCUCCACUCUUGAAGAAUGCAGUAGAAGAAGAAGAGGCGCUGAGGAGGAGGAAAACACUGGAGGAGCUGUGGAGGGAGAGCUGAGAGCGGAGAAGUUUCCAUUGUCGAGGGGACUUACCGCUUUAUCGCAGCCUGCAGGCUGUUUCCAAGUCUUUGAUCGUCUCUUGCGUGGAUACUGUGUCUAUCUUUCUAAAGCUGUAAUGAAGAUGAUGGAGGAAUCAGUGACCACAUUUGAGACCCAUCUUACUGUGGUGAUGGACAGUCUCAUCAGGGCGUCUGUGUGUGAAAUCACCAAGCUGUUUCAGGAUACAGUGAAUGGAUAUUUGGUGGAGCUAUCUCUAAACAGGAGUGAGAAUGAGGCCCUAAAAUUCAGAUUGAAAAUGACAGAAAACAAACUAAGGAAUGAGCGGAAAUAUGGCAUGAGCUGGGCUGCCCAUCGCCGCACCUCUGGCAUUGCAUCUGAGGGAGCUGCAAGUCGACAAAAACGCAAAGCUGAUCUAGUUAGAGGCAAGUCAAGAAAAGGCGUUGCAGCAGCCUAUGGAAAAGACUGGCCUGGAGGUGUGUGGGAGGCAGGCACCAGUGGGGGAGGAAGCGGGGGUGCAGUGGUGAGAGCAGGGAACGAGGCCAGGGAGAUGUUCCUUGUGCAGCUCCCUGGAGAGGAAGCAGCAGUAGAGGAGGAGGAGGAGGAAGAGGUGGAGGAGGAAGACGACGACGAAGGCAGAGAGGGGGAGGAGGCCGCCAACAUGAAAGAGGAGUUGGCUACACCAGAGGGGUUUCAGCCAGCCUCCAUAAGGCUUAUUAAAGAGGCUUUGAAGAUGGACCCACCAAAACAAAACCACCACCAUAACUUCUCCAAAAGUGAAGAAGUGUCCAAUAGACCAGUGGCAUCCGACCGCUCAAUGGGAGGCAUGACUGCAGAUGAGCUCAGAGGAUUGGAGUCUGCUCUGAGAGCUGAGAAGAGUCGUGAACAGGCCACCAUUAAACCUGCCCAUCUGAUUAGUCCUGAACCCAAAGCUGUACACUGCACCAUUGCCCCCAAGUACAUCGGGUUAGAUGGCCUCGAGCAGGAGGAGGAGCUGGACCUGGACCCGCCCACUCUUCAGAGAGAGGACGAAUUUGGGCAGAUUCGGGUGAAGAUGGAGCUUAGUGUGGCAGAGGCUGAAGAGGCUGAGGAGGGUGGCUCUGGGUGGGCUAGAAAGGCUGACUCUGCAGAGAUUGUGGCUGAAUGCAGUGAGAGUGAGAUGGAGCAGUCAGAGCCGCCUCCACACCUCUCAGUCUCUGCCUGUGUGGGUGAAUCAGAGAGUGCUGAAAGUGGAGCAGGAGAUCUGCUUCACUUCUGUCCACAGUGUGGAGGUGGCUUUCACUCAGAAAAUGAGCUGGAUGAACACCCGUGUCCACUAGAAGGUGCUCCUUUAGAAAGCCCUUCGGAUGGAAACUCCAGCUUUCAUUGUAUAUCGUGUGGAAACUCAUUUAACCAUGCCUGGGCCCUAAAGACUCACGAGUGUCCCCAAGCCACGGAGCGGCCUCACGGCUGUGAGAUCUGUGGAAAACGCUUCACACACUCACGCUCUCUGGAGCGCCACCACCUGGACAUCCUCCACCAGGAUGAAACACGGGUACUGCAGCAGAGACAGCAGUGCAGACAGACCUUUGAUAAGCCCAUACAGUUUCCCAAAGUGACAUGA